UUACUAUCAGGGGGAGUUAUAGCUGUACCAACUGAUACUAUAUAUGGUAUUGCUGCCCUCUCGCAGAAUGUUGAUGCUAUAAAUAGAAUAUAUGAUAUUAAACAGCGUAAUUCAUUAAAACCAAUUGCUGUCAGUGUUGGAGAGGUUGAAGAUAUUUUCAGAUGGAGUAAAGUGACAGUUAGUAAAGAGUUCUUAAACGAGUUAUUACCUGGACCAGUUACUGUGGUGAUGGAAAGGAAGCCUGAAUUAAACCCACAACUCAAUCCAGAUACAAACCUAAUAGGCAUUAGAAUUCCUGAUCAUAAUUUUAUACGUCAAAUCUCCAGAUUAUGUGGUCAACCCAUUGCUUUAACAAGUGCUAACAUCAGUAGUAAUAGAAGCACUUUAGCCAUUAAGGAAUUUGAAGACUUAUGGCCCAACUUGGACCUGAUAGUUGAUGGUGGAAUGUUAGGUAAUUGUCAAGCUAGUCGUUUGGGGUCCACAGUAGUUGAUCUUUCUCUAGUUGGAAAAUAUGACAUAAUAAGACAAGGAAGGUAA